GUGACUGGUUGCUGCUCGUAUUGAGUUUCUUUCACCUUCCUGCACUGUCAACGGAUUUCCGACUCCUUUUACUGUUUAGUCUGUGUAGUAGCUAAACGUCAACUUAAAUAUGGCUUCAUAUAUGGGAUUUCUCGAAAAACUAGAUAAGAAACUGCAUGAAAAGAAUAAAAUUACUGAAUAUUUUGAAAAAGCAGAGCAGGCUACUGGAAUCAGACGGUUAUACCUUGCCGUAGGACUUCUAUCAUUAUGGGCCUUAUAUAUGGUAUUAGGACAUGGUGCAGAAUUAAUUUGCAACAGUAUUGGAUUUGGUUAUCCAGCCUAUGCUUCAAUGAUUGCACUUGAAACUCGCAAUAAAGAAGAUGAUACAAAGUGGCUCACCUAUUGGGUUACGUUCGCUGCUUUCAGUCUUUUGGAAUUUUUUUCUGAAAUCAUCUUAGACUUUGUCCCUUUCUAUUGGCUUGUAAAGUGCCUGUUUCUUAUCUGGUGCUUUGCUCCAAUUUCUAACAAUGGAUCGCAGUUCCUGUACCACAAGGUCAUUCGGCCUGUAUUCUUGAAGAAUAGGAAGGCUAUUGAUGAAACCUUAAACAAAGCUGCCUCUGGUGUUGCUGGUUUAGUUACGGAUGCUGCUGGUAAGCUUGCUGCUGGAAAGUCUGAAUGAAGAGAUUAGUUCUGCCUUAAAUUUGCAUUAAAGGAGCUUCUGAAGGUGUUAAAAAUAAUGGAUUGUUACAAAUUGGUCCUUCAUUAUGCAAAACAGAAUGCUGUUAUCUUUAUAGUUUCUUGUUAUGUGUAAAUAAUUACUGAUAUUUUGAUAUUGUGAUACAUAUUUGAAUAUUUGAGAUGCUGUAUAAUGUGCCAUUCCUCAGCAGUAUAUAAUUGCUUUUUAUUUUAGUUAGUUAUUCUGAAUAUUCCGACUCAGGUUUGUAGUGUUUGUUUAAACAUUGUUGAUUUUAAAACGCUCCAUGACGUGUCACGCAAAAUGUAUUUUCUCAACACUAUUUUCAGAUUAAUACUUUUGUCUAAAUUUGUAUUUUGAAAUGCAUGGUCAUUGAAAAAGUUGUUCUCAAAGAUUUUUGUGUAAUUUUACUUCCAUUGUGCAUAUUUGUAAUGAAUGUAAUUUUUAGACUUUUUUGUAGGAAGUGCUUUCAGCUGAAUAUUUAUGAAGAAUGAUCUAUGUGUACAUGAAAAUAUUGCCUCUCAGAAAAUUUUUAUUAAAAUAUUAAAAUACAUUUGCUUA